GAGAUUAACAGGCUUUUUCAAACUCUUCUUCGAUCGGCUUGAGCUUUGGCCAGCACUGAGUGAGAUGAUCGAAACCACCAUCAAGUCCCAUAGCGUUUGACGGAUAUGCCACCGGAUAACAACAACUGCAAUCUGCUGAAAUGUGCUGAUCUAAACUUCUGUUGUUCUUGAACUCUGGAUGCCCAGUUUUGCAGACGAUGUGCAGUCAUUUCACGGAAGAGGAGCGAUCCUCGUAGCCCGAAACAUUGUUUCUUUGCGACAUCCAUCUCAUUGCUGGCUUGAUUUCAAGGAAAUCCUGAUUUUUGUUUGUGCGUUGGUCCAUGUGAGAGGUCGAAGGUGUUUCUCCAACGUGUCCUCCAAAAACUCAGACUGUUGUCCAAAGCAGACGAGGCUCAGCCCCCUCAUUCGGAAGUGAUGGGAAGUGUGAGAGCCCACCGGUACAGCAUAGUUUCCUCGGAAGAAGCCGGGAUGAAGCUGUCCCCCAUCGCUGUGCAAAAUGGCUUCGGCAAUGGAAACGUGGGCAGCAAAGUGCACUCGCAGCACCAAGAACAAAGCCGCUUCGUCAACAAGGACGGACACUGCAAUGUGCAGUUCAUCAACAUGAGUGAAAAAGGUCAGCGCUACCUGGCUGACAUCUUCACGACAUGCGUUGACAUCCGCUGGCGUUGGAUGAUGGUCCUCUUCUGCCUCUCCUUCCUGCUGUCCUGGCUUCUCUUUGGAUUAAUAUUCUGGUUUAUUGCACUUUCGUCCGGGGACUUGGAGAAUCAAGAGCAGAUUUGCAUUUCGAACGUCGACAGCUUCACGGCAGCCUUCCUGUUUUCCGUGGAGACUCAAACCACUAUCGGAUAUGGCUACCGGUAUGUAACGGAGGACUGUCCUCUUGCUGUCUUCAUGGUGGUUUUCCAGAGCAUCUUGGGAUGCAUCAUUGAUGCCUUCAUUAUUGGUGCGGUCAUGGCUAAGAUGGCCAAACCUAAGAAAAGAAAUGAAACCCUUGUGUUCAGUCACUAUGCCACGAUAGCCAUGAGGGACGGUAAACUGUGUCUGAUGUGGAGGGUCGCGAACCUACGGAAAAGCCACCUGGUGGAAGCUCACGUUCGCGCCCAGCUGCUUAAAUCUCGCACCACCGCUGAAGGCGAGUUCAUCCCGCUGGAUCAGCUAGAUGUUGAUGUCGGAUUCGACACUGGCGUUGACCGUAUAUUUUUAGUGUCCCCCAUCACCAUCGUCCACGAGAUUGAUGAGGACAGUCCAUUCUAUAAAAUGAGCAAACAGGACCUGGAAAGUUCAGAGCUGGAGAUAGUCGUGAUCUUGGAGGGCAUGGUGGAAGCCACGGCCAUGACCACCCAGUGUCGCAGCUCUUACGUGACGAGUGAAAUCCUGUGGGGUCAUCGAUUUGAGCCAGUCCUUUUUGAGGAUAAAAAUCAUUACAAAGUGGACUAUUCGCACUUUGAGAGCACAUACGAGGUCCCCAGCACGCCUCAAUGCAGCGCUCGAGAUUUGGCCGAAAAGAAGUACGUCACAUCCAGCUCGAACUCUUUUUGUUAUGAGAACGAAGUAGCCUUCAUGGAUAAAGAGGAAACGGAGGAUGACGACGACGAUGAUGAGAAUGACGAAGAGGACCAGCAUAACAUCAAAAGAGACAGUGUGGCAUUGGAAGGAUCCAAUAUUGAUGACGUCAAAAGCACGGCUUCCAGUCAGGAUACUUUACCACUCCAACUCAAACCUUUAAGACAGCAGCCAGAGAUAUGAAUCUGCUUUGUAUGGGAUGGCGUUGAUGUACAGCAAAUGGAUAGCGUACAAAUGACUGAGGAAAGGCUGUUUUGCUGCUGUUUUGAGAGCAUGUUGCCAUUGAUUUGAGAGGAACCCAAAAGGUUGGGUUGUAGAUGUCUUGAAACAUUCACGUUGACUUAUCUACGAAGGUCAACAAACAUGAACUUGUACUCUGACACUUUAUUCACAAUCAAUUUGUAAUAUAGACAAGAUUGGCAUAUGUUAUAGAUAAUAAAAGCUCUGUUCCAAACCAAGUAAGCCAAUUCCAAACCAAUCACAGUAACUCAAUAUGGCUUAGAAAAAAAAAUCCACUCCUAGAAAAUAUUAUUCAAUGGCGUUCUAUAGAAUAGGGUUCUUGGGUCUCAAUAUAAAAUGCUGCGUAGAAACCGCCCUACAUUUGAUCGUACGAUAAUUUCUCAAAUUAGGUCUGUAGGUGUGAUUUAGAGAACAAAUACCUCUCUGCCAGAUGUAAAAUGAAUAAAUUGCGAAUGAUCUUGAAUGGCGGCUGAAUGGUUUCAGAUAUCCACCUUGUAAAUGACAUCGAAUUAAUGUCAUUAACAUAUAAAAGAGCACCAGUCAAUGUCCAAAUGCUUUACUUGAGAAUGGCAAGCGGCAAGAAUUGCCUAGAUUUCCAAAUACCACCAGUUUUACGAUUCUCUGCCACAAGGAGAAGUGCGUACGUCUGCUUAGACCCUGAUGGGCGCUAAGAACGUUUCCACAUCAAAAAAACGUUUUUAUGAAUAUGAAUGUUGGCAUGGAUUUUAGCAUAUGCUGUGGGAACGUUUUGUAAAUGAGGCCCCUUGACUCAAUUUUAAAGAACCAUUUAUGCCAGAAAAGGUUCUAUAUAAGGUGAAAUUAAAAUAUAUAAGUUUCACAUUAGCAUGUUGCUAAUGAUGCAGUGCUCUAAAAGGCAUACAAAUGCAUGAUAUGAAAGUGGUUAGAGUAGUUUCCUAAUGUAUCAUAAUGUUGUCACACGUCGUGAAGCCAGUCUAUGAAUGUGUAACAUGCUGUCUAAGUAUGUAGCUCACUAGGUUUUGGAGCAGAGCUAUAAUUUUACAAGUCACAAUGAUUUUACAGGACAGACUGCUGACUAUUUUGCCCUAUUGUCCUUGCACGCUAUUAGUACAUUCGAGAUAAUACCUUGUGUCGUGAUGAACUCAUGUUUGACUUCAAAAGCAGAUGCGGUGCAGUGAAGCCGGUAGUGAAGAUGAGAACCAAAUGUUUCCUUUUGAUCUCGUCUUGGAAAUUAAACCGACAAUAGAGGCAUUUUUGAGCAUUUAAAACUCACCGCAAUGAUAAAUGAGCAUAAAGUUAGAACCCCAGCAUCCAUAUUUCACGUUUCAAUUGUGGCUGUUAUUGACAGUACGUGAACAGCUAUGUGUUCACAGAUUAUUUGAAAACUUAAGCUGGAAACAAUGAAAAGAACCUGUUAAUGAGCUGGUCUCUUAACAUAGGUCUCUCCUCUUUCUAUAAAUAUACUUCUGUAUGCAAAUAAAUGUGUUACGAUAUCAGUACUGAAGAUUAGCCAUCCAUUUUAAUGACCGUAUAAGCUAAUCUAGGUCACUUAUUAGUAAACGUAAAGCUAGUCAGUCAGUUCCACACAGGGUCUGUCAAAGCACACUCAACAUCUCAGGGUUUGGAGGAAAUCUGCCAUUCAUACAGUAUGAGCGGUCAAAGAGUUGUAAAUACACUACAGCAAAUCUUUGAAUAAUAUGUAAAGAAUGUCAUGUUCGUAGCAGUAUAUGUCCUUUCGAUGUGCAAUAUAGCUUCAGUGACUGAAGACAUGAAUGUUAACGUUUAUGAAUGAAGGCUCGAAUGUUAUUUAUCUGCUGCUAUUGAGGAAAGGUUAUAAAAUAUAAAUAUGUUGACAAAAUGAGAGAAAAAAAAACUAUUUGUUUUGUAUGACAUGUUAAAACCCAAGCAAUAAUGACUUACAAUGCUGGUAUUUGAAAACCAGAAACAGUAGGGAACCAAUAUCUAAUGAGUUUUUUUAUGUAUACGACUGUGACAGUAGCUAUCAAAAUAAAUCACAAUAAAGGUUACUAUUGAUUA